GACGUUUACAGUUGGUUAACAGCGGCGGCGGCGUGUGAAUGCAAGGCGGAUGAAUUAUUUUUAAUUAUAAACACGGUCACAUAAAUAAUUGAAAAAAAAAAGAAAAUGCAUUUGUGCAAGCGAAGAGCAAAGCGAAAAUAUGGCCUAUAAAUUAUAUCAUAAAUGUGAAAGUGUUCGCCAAGCGUCUACGGCAAACGCAAAGUGAAAAAAGGAGUGCGAGUGGAAGAAAAAUCAAUUGAAAAGGAAAAAUUGCAUUUCGCUGUUGCUGCCCCAGCCCCCGAAUUCGAAAAAAUCAAAUAAAAGUGUAGUUGUAGUAGUGAAAAUAUAUUAAGUUGUUGUACGUGUUUGUGCGCUGAGAGUCAGUCGGGUGCAUGUGCUAAGAAAAGAAGAAGAAAAGCAGCUGCAGAAAUAGCAAAAGGAGACAGCGACGACAGCGGCCAAGUGUAAUAAAGCGUUGGAAAAAUGAGUUCAAGUUGUGAAAGAAUAGAAUGGGUAGAAAUUAUCGAACCACGCACCAAGGAGCACAUGUACGCCAAUUUAACAACUGGCGAGUGCGUCUGGGAUCCACCCGAGGAUGUGCCAAUUAAGCGGACCGACUCAUCGCAAUGGUGGGAAUUGUUUGAUACGAAUACGCAGCGCUUCUAUUACUAUAAUGCGGCCACGCAGAAGACCGUGUGGCAUCGGCCGAGCAAGUGUGACAUCAUACCGCUGGCCAAGCUGCAGACCCUCAAACAGAACACCGAUCCCAGCGAGCGACGGGAGCAGACCACGCCCCAGAAGCAAUCUCUGCUGGCUAAGCAGCAGCAGCAGCAAACCCAGCAACAGCAACAGCAGCCAUCGCCCAUAUCGGCGGCCAAUAAGAAGGGGCGUGGCCAGCGCGGCAACGGAACCAUGGCCAGCUCCGAGGAGAAGCUGAGCAGUUCCGCGUGCAAUGAAAUGAUCUCUAGUCCACGAGGCCGUCAAAGUUUUCGCGUCGGCACAGGUGACUCAGCUCGCUCGAUGGACAUGCAGCAGCCGCCACAGCAGCAGCAGCAGCAACUGCAGGGCUAUGUCUCCCGCCGUUCGCAAGAUUCUUGCAGUCACUACAAGGAAUCGGGCAAGUCGAGCGAUUCGAGUCUGUCCAGCGCCCAUGGCUAUCGGCGAUUCAACGAUGCCGCCAAUGGUGCUCCCAAUGUGCCCAAUGAGGCACUGCGUCUCGGCUCCUUACAGAAGCAGCAACGCGCUGGCAAGGAUAAUGGCGCCUUUGAAAUGUUGCAAGAAAGCGUCAGCUCACAUAAUUUACCGCAUGGCUCGGCCACGCCCUCAUCGUAUGUUGGUGGUAGUGUCGCCGCCGUCGUUGAUAGCAACAAAUACUUUGAUCAUCAGCUGCUGCCCAGCCAUAUGCAGGGCUAUUGCUCCUCCAAGUCAUCCGAUAUUGCCUCACCCACACAUUCGAUACAUACGCCGCAGGCGCAGAAGAAGAAGAUAUCCCCAGAUGCCGAGCGACAGUACAAUUACGCACAACAACAACAACAGCAGCAACAACGCAACGCACAACGCAGCGGAGCAGCUGCGCCCACUUCAGGCAAAUCCUUUGGCGCGGCCAUGGGCGAUCGUGAGUACAAGGUCGCACUGGCGCGCUCCGGCAGCUUUAUGUCCUCCUCUAUAAAUCCUGCCGCCGCUGGACAUCACAGCAAAUCGUAUCGCAAAAGCAGCGCCGAGGCUAAUGGCGGCAGCGUCGUCGGCGGCGUCGUCGGUAGUGGUGUUGGCGGUGCUGUUUAUGGUGGCGCCGCCAGCGAUGAUUCCAUGCACGAAAAGUACUUUAAAUCGGUUGAGAAUACACCGCUAUCGCGGCGACGCCACACAACCAAUACGAAGGGGCAUGGCGGCGGGGCAAGUGGCAGCAAUACCGCCACCAGCACCGCCGGCAGCGGCAGCAGCGGCCACAAGAAACACUCGAGCGACUCCAGUCCACAAAGUCCGAUUAGUCCGCAAACGAAAAGCUCGCGUCAGGCCAAAACAAGUGCCACAAAUCCGCCGCCACAGUUGGCGCAGCAACUGCAGCAGCCCAGCUGCGGCCUGGAUCGGCUCAGCUUGGAGCGCAUGUCGCUGGGCAAAACGGCGCCAAUUUCGCCCAGCGGUGGCUCCGAUAAUCUUGGUAUGCUAACACACUCGUCCAGGGGCUCCAAUGAUUCAGCGGCAAGGCGGCAAAAAUCGAAUAGCUCGACGGCAAAUCGCUCGCAAUCGCAUCAUUAUCCGGGUCAGAGCUCGUUGCGGCACAGCGCCAGCUCCAGCUUGGACAAGCGUGGCUAUCAUCCCCUACAAAAUGCUGGUGAGAAGCGUGAUUCGCGUCGCGCCAAAACGCAUCAUCAUCCGCAACAGCAUUUGCACGCGGACAGCAGCGAUGUGGAGUACGAUAAUGGCAACAUAUCGCCGCUGUAUAGCAAUUGUGGCCAGGAGAUGCCGCAUCUGCUGCCGCUCAAGCACUACAUCAUUGAGCAGGCCAAGCUAUGUGGUGGUUACGAUUAUCGCGGCGAUGGCGACGGUGUUAACGAUUCGGACUCGUAUCACUCGGAUAGCCAGUCGGAGCAUUCGCUCUCUGGUCAUGAGCCGGACAAUGAGGACUCCGAUGGUGGCUCGGAUACGCAUGGCGGCUAUUUGGAGCACAACUAUGGCAUGAUCGAUGACUAUGCCAAUAUGGGCGACAGCGUGUCCUACUAUGCCUAUCAGUAUCCGCCCUACGAUCCAGCUGGACGCGAGGAAAUCUCCGAUAACGUGGAGGCCGUGCUGGAGGGUAUUGGAAGCAAUCAGGAGCCUGCUGCUGCGCCCAAGCCGAAAGCCCGUUAUCAGAUCUCAUACUAUGACACCGUCUCGCACAGCCCCGCAUCGUUGGCGGGUCAGGGCCAUCAGUAUAACCAGCAGCAUAAUCAUCAGCAGCAGCUGUAUUCGAAUACGCCCUCCUAUCCGUUCGCCGGUCAUGCUCAUGGCUUGGGCCAGCCACCGCCGCCACCGCAUCAGCAGCAGCUGCAUUUGGAUCCCAGCGAUGCGUCCAGCGUCAAGCAGAAGCAAUCACAAACUCUGCCCUCGCCCAAUCGUCAAAUCUCGCGUCUAGUCACCGGCCAGUUAACCAAAGAGGAAGCCAAUCAUGGCCAGCAGCUGCACCCCCAGCAGCUGCAGCAGCAGCAGCAGCAACAGUCGCAGCUUUUGGCAACUGUCGCGCAAUCAACGGCGGGCAGCAGCAGCCUGAGCCGUGGCGGCAAUCACAAGCUGGCGCCGCCAUCGCUAAAGCCCACCAUACAGCAGAUCUUUCCGCCCAGCGAGCGGGCGCCCGGCGCCGCAACGCUGGCGUGCAUGAAGGAAUGUGAUAUUGAGAAAUUCGCCGCUGACAAUUUGAAUCUGCACUCGAAGGGCAUCUUUCGCAAGAAGGCAUCGGUGCGCGACAUGCUUAGCUGGACGGCGGAGGCCAUUACCCGACCCAUGUUGGCGCUGUCGCGGGACAAGGCCGACAAAAAGACGGCCAUUGAGCUAUUCAAGCUGGUCCAAAUCUACAUGGGCGAUCGCAAGGCGCGCAUUGGCAUGAGCCUAAACUCGGUGGCCAUAGAUAUCAUAACCGCCUCCCUGCCGCAGCAGCAACUACGCGAUGAGCUUUAUGUGCAGCUAUGCCGUCAGACCACAGAGAAUCCCAAGCGCGAGUCACUUAUACGCGGCUGGGAGCUAAUGGCCAUUUGUUUAAGCUUUGUGCCGCCGUCACCCACAUUUCAGCCCACGCUGCUCAACUAUGUGAAUCGUCAUCGUGAUCCUUCGUUUGCCACCGGCUUCCUGGAGGUGUGCAAAUGGCCCAUACAUGUUCAGAUAUCGCAUUAUGCAACUGUUUGUUGUCGCCGCUUGGAUCGCAUCGGCAGCAGCGGUCGCCGUUUGGCUAAGAAGCCCACCGAGGAUGAGGUGGAACAGGCGCGGCAACAAAUCCUUCGCAAUAGCAUGUUUGGCAAUACGCUCUCCGAGGUGAUGGAUCUACAAAAGGAUAAAUUUCCAUUGCGUAAACUGCCUUGGAUACAAACCACGCUCUCAGAGCAUGUGCUGCUGCUCAAUGGCAAACAAACGGAGGGCAUUUUUCGUGUAUCCGCCGAUGUGGAUGAGGUCAAUUGCAUGAAGAAUCGCUUGGAUCGAUGGGAUGUUCCUGACUAUAAGAAUACUAUGGUUGAUGCACAUGCGCCCGCUAGUCUGCUUAAGUUAUGGUAUCGUGAACUGUACGAUCCGCUCAUACCCGAUGAUUAUUACGAGGAUUGUGUGAAUACCGAGGAUCCCGAUAAAGCCAAAGAAAUAGUUAAUAAGUUGCCACAAAUUAAUCAACUGGUCCUAACGUAUUUAAUACACUUUCUGCAACAAUUCUCCAUUUCGGAAGUGGUUAGCUGCACCAAAAUGGAUUCAUCGAAUUUGGCCAUGGUGUUUGCGCCAAAUUGUUUGCGCUGCACUUCAGAUGAUCCCAAGGUGAUACUGGAGAAUGCGCGCAAGGAGAUGUCCUUUAUACACGUCUUAAUACAGCACAUGGACACAACGCAUGUGGCCAAUCUGGUCUAGAGAGCUUUGAUAGCUAUUUAAAUAACUAAUCAAAUACCAAUGAGCAUACCUAUAUAUAUAUAUAUAUAUACAUAUAUAUAUAUAUGUAUCUACACAAAUAUGUAAAACGUUAUUAACCUAUCCUAAACUUACUUAAUUACCUGCUUGAAUUUGUAUUUAUACAAAUUGAGAAGGUCAACAGCUCCUAACUAACUCCUAACUUUAACUAUACUAAUAAUUUUUUGCUACUUGAAUUUUCUAAUCUAAUUCAAAUAAUUUAAUUGUAUGCCUAGGCUGCCUAAUUUUUAACAACAAAUACUCAGAACUUUUAUCGGCAUUGUAAUGUGUAGUGCUUAUCAAACCAAAAAGAUAAAACAGAUCUAAUCCAAUACCGAAAUUAAAAAAAAACAUAUGAAUUUAAA